AGUAAAUUAAAGGUACACUCCAUUGUUGAGAUUUUGUUGCCAGACUUCACAGCUCAUUAAAGGGGAUGUUGAAGCCGCCAGUGUGCAGAAGGAGGACCCUUUGAGAUCUGGCUUUCUCGCAGGGCAGCCGUUUGUAGCCCCGGUGCAUGCUGGUGCCUUCCCCGCUCUUCUGUCGGGAUCCGCCGCUAACGUGAAUCUGUGGUGCGGACCCAGAGCUUCUUCAGAUAUGUCUGUGAGGGAGUCUUUUAACCCUGAAAGCUAUGAGCUGGACAAGAACUUCAGGCUCACGCGGUUUGCUGAGCUCAAAGGCACAGGCUGCAAGGUCCCCCAAGAUGUGUUACAGAAGCUGCUAGAAACUCUGCAAGAGAACCACUAUCAAGAGGAUGAACAGUUCCUGGGGGCGGUUAUGCCUCGAUUAGGCAUCGGCAUGGACACGUGUGUGAUCCCCCUCCGGCAUGGUGGCCUUUCUCUUGUCCAGACAACAGACUACAUCUAUCCCAUUGUGGAUGACCCUUACAUGAUGGGAAGAAUUGCUUGUGCCAAUGUUCUAAGUGACCUGUACGCCAUGGGAGUUACUGAGUGUGAUAACAUGUUGAUGCUUCUGGGAGUCAGCAACAAAAUGUCAGAGAAAGAGAGAGACAAAGUCAUGCCACUGAUCAUCCAGGGAUUCAAAGAUGCAUCAGAGGAGGCAGGGACGUCUGUAACAGGAGGUCAGACGGUGCUCAACCCCUGGGUAGUGAUGGGAGGGGUUGCAACAACAGUUUGCCAGCCCAAUGAGUUUAUCAUGCCAGACAAUGCAGUGCCAGGAGAUGUGUUGGUGUUGACCAAACCACUUGGAACACAAGUGGCAGUUGCAGUGCAUCAGUGGCUAGAUAUUCCUGAAAAAUGGAACAAGAUCAAGCUGGUGGUGACGCAGGAGGACGUAGAGCUGGCCUACCAUGAAGCCAUGAUGAAUAUGGCUCGGCUCAACAGGACAGCUGCGGGUCUCAUGCACACCUUCAAUGCUCACGCAGCGACCGAUAUCACAGGGUUUGGCAUCCUCGGCCACGCUCAGACGUUGGCACGACAACAACGAAGUGAGGUGUCUUUUGUCAUCCACAACCUCCCAGUGCUCGCCAAGAUGGCCGCCGUGUCUAAAGCCUGUGGGAACAUGUUCGGGCUCAUGCAUGGCACCUGUCCUGAAACAUCAGGAGGCCUGCUUAUUUGUUUACCUCGAGAACAAGCUGCCCGCUUCUGUGCCGAGAUCAAAUCCCCAAAAUACGGAGAAGGUCAUCAAGCUUGGAUCAUCGGGAUUGUAGAGAAAGGAAACCGCACUGCUCGCAUCAUUGACAAACCACGAAUCAUAGAGGUGGCACCACAGGCAGCCACACAGAAUGUCAACCCAACACCUGGUGCAACUUCUUAAACCUCCUCUGUUGCAUCACAGACCGGACCCCAAAAGCUCUGAGUGAUUUUAGACACAUAAACUACAGAACCAUCCUAGAGUGUUGAAAUAUAUACACAAAUAGUAUGUACACAGAAAAGACUGGGUUGGCGUGGCAUCAACAUGAAAACAGCUCCACACAGUGGCCCCGUGGGGGCACAUCAUCACCCAGUGGACUCAACCUGCAGUAUCCCCGAGAUAAAAAUUGGUAAGAAAUAGAGCAUUCUUAAAAUCCACUUGCUUUUGUUGUCUAUUGUAUUCUGUUUUGUUCAGUGUGCUUGACUGGCAGGCAGCUUCUGAUAGGAGAUAAUCUGAUACUGCUGAUUCAUUUUGAAUCAUUAGGAAGUCUGGAGUCGGUUGCCUCUUUGGCUCUCUUAAAACUGUUCUCAACAAACCACGGUGGCGUUUUUGUUUAUUGUUCAUUUACUUUGUUGUACAGUUAUACAGCCUAGUUUUAGUUCAUUGUAACUGAUGCCUUGAAAGAAAAUAAGUGCGACCAGAAUGGCAUGUUUUUUAUUACUUUGACUUUUUGUAUUGUCCCUGCAUAAACUAAUAAACCAUCAUGUAUUUGAAA